AGUAGUGUAUUCUAGUUUUCAAUUCAUCUUGAGUAUUAUGGGUAAACAGCCUGUUUGCGUCUUCUACCUUGCCAGGUCUACAUUGGGUAAUGUAAGGGAGAAAACCUGCAGUUCAUCUUGAGUAUUAUGGGUAAACAGCCUGUUUGCGUCUUCUACCUUGCCAGGUCUACAUUGGGUAAUGUAAGGGAGAAAACCUGCAGUUCAUCUUGAGUAUUAUGGGUAAACAGCCUGUUUGCGUCUUCUACCUUGCCAGGUCUACAUUGGGUAAUGUAAGGGAGAAAACCUGCAGUUCAUCUUGAGUAUUAUGGGUAAACAGCCUGUUUGCGUCUUCUACCUUGCCAGGUCUACAUUGGGUAAUGUAAGGGAGAAAACCUGCAGUUCAUCUUGAGUAUUAUGGGUAAACAGCCUGUUUGCGUCUUCUACCUUGCCAGGUCUACAUUGGGUAAUGUAAGGGAGAAAACCUGCAGUUCAUCUUGAGUAUUAUGGGUAAACAGCCUGUUUGCGUCUUCUACCUUGCCAGGUCUACAUUGGGUAAUGUAAGGGAGAAAACCUGCAGUUCAUCUUGAGUAUUAUGGGUAAACAGCCUGUUUGCGUCUUCUACCUUGCCAGGUCUACAUUGGGUAAUGUAAGGGAGAAAACCUGCAGUUCAUCUUGAGUAUUAUGGGUAAACAGCCUGUUUGCGUCUUCUACCUUGCCAGGUCUACAUUGGGUAAUGUAAGGGAGAAAACCUGCAGUUCAUCUUGAGUAUUAUGGGUAAACAGCCUGUUUGCGUCUUCUACCUUGCCAGGUCUACAUUGGGUAAUGUAAGGGAGAAAACCUGCAGUUCAUCUUGAGUAUUAUGGGUAAACAGCCUGUUUGCGUCUUCUACCUUGCCAGGUCUACAUUGGGUAAUGUAAGGGAGAAAACCUGCAGUUCAUCUGGAGUAUUAUGGGUAAACAGCCUGUUUGCGUCUUCUACCUUGCCAGGUCUACAUUGGGUAAUGUAAGGGAGAAAACCUGCAGUUCAUCUUGAGUAUUAUGGGUAAACAGCCUGUUUGCGUCUUCUACCUUGCCAGGUCUACAUUGGGUAAUGUAAGGGAGAAAACCUGCAGUUCAUCUUGAGUAUUAUGGGUAAACAGCCUGUUUGCGUCUUCUACCUUGCCAGGUCUACAUUGGGUAAUGUAAGGGAGAAAACCUGCAGUUCAUCUUGAGUAUUAUGGGUAAACAGCCUGUUUGCGUCUUCUACCUUGCCAGGUCUACAUUGGGUAAUGUAAGGGAGAAAACCUGCAGUUCAUCUUGAGUAUUAUGGGUAAACAGCCUGUUUGCGUCUUCUACCUUGCCAGGUCUACAUUGGGUAAUGUAAGGGAGAAAACCUGCAGUUCAUCUUGAGUAUUAUGGGUAAACAGCCUGUUUGCGUCUUCUACCUUGCCAGGUCUACAUUGGGUAAUGUAAGGGAGAAAACCUGCAGUUCAUCUUGAGUAUUAUGGGUAAACAGCCUGUUUGCGUCUUCUACCUUGCCAGGUCUACAUUGGGUAAUGUAAGGGAGAAAACCUGCAGUUCAUCUUGAGUAUUAUGGGUAAACAGCCUGUUUGCGUCUUCUACCUUGCCAGGUCUACAUUGGGUAAUGUAAGGGAGAAAACCUGCAGUUCAUCUUGAGUAUUAUGGGUAAACAGCCUGUUUGCGUCUUCUACCUUGCCAGGUCUACAUUGGGUAAUGUAAGGGAGAAAACCUGCAGUUCAUCUUGAGUAUUAUGGGUAAACAGCCUGUUUGCGUCUUCUACCUUGCCAGGUCUACAUUGGGUAAUGUAAGGGAGAAAACCUGCAGUUCAUCUUGAGUAUUAUGGGUAAACAGCCUGUUUGCGUCUUCUACCUUGCCAGGUCUACAUUGGGUAAUGUAAGGGAGAAAACCUGCAGUUCAUCUUGAGUAUUAUGGGUAAACAGCCUGUUUGCGUCUUCUACCUUGCCAGGUCUACAUUGGGUAAUGUAAGGGAGAAAACCUGCAGUUCAUCUUGAGUAUUAUGGGUAAACAGCCUGUUUGCGUCUUCUACCUUGCCAGGUCUACAUUGGGUAAUGUAAGGGAGAAAACCUGCAGUUCAUCUUGAGUAUUAUGGGUAAACAGCCUGUUUGCGUCUUCUACCUUGCCAGGUCUACAUUGGGUAAUGUAAGGGAGAAAACCUGCAGUUCAUCUUGAGUAUUAUGGGUAAACAGCCUGUUUGCGUCUUCUACCUUGCCAGGUCUACAUUGGGUAAUGUAAGGGAGAAAACCUGCAGUUCAUCUUGAGUAUUAUGGGUAAACAGCCUGUUUGCGUCUUCUACCUUGCCAGGUCUACAUUGGGUAAUGUAAGGGAGAAAACCUGCAGUUCAUCUUGAGUAUUAUGGGUAAACAGCCUGUUUGCGUCUUCUACCUUGCCAGGUCUACAUUGGGUAAUGUAAGGGAGAAAACCUGCAGUUCAUCUUGAGUAUUAUGGGUAAACAGCCUGUUUGCGUCUUCUACCUUGCCAGGUCUACAUUGGGUAAUGUAAGGGAGAAAACCUGCAGUUCAUCUUGAGUAUUAUGGGUAAACAGCCUGUUUGCGUCUUCUACCUUGCCAGGUCUACAUUGGGUAAUGUAAGGGAGAAAACCUGCAGUUCAUCUUGAGUAUUAUGGGUAAACAGCCUGUUUGCGUCUUCUACCUUGCCAGGUCUACAUUGGGUAAUGUAAGGGAGAAAACCUGCAGUUCAUCUGGAGUAUUAUGGGUAAACAGCCUGUUUGCGUCUUCUACCUUGCCAGGUCUACAUUGGGUAAUGUAAGGGAGAAAACCUGCAGUUCAUCUGGAGUAUUAUGGGUAAACAGCCUGUUUGCGUCUUCUACCUUGCCAGGUCUACAUUGGGUAAUGUAAGGGAGAAAACCUGCAGUUCAUCUUGAGUAUUAUGGGUAAACAGCCUGUUUGCGUCUUCUACCUUGCCAGGUCUACAUUGGGUAAUGUAAGGGAGAAAACCUGCAGUUCAUCUUGAGUAUUAUGGGUAAACAGCCUGUUUGCGUCUUCUACCUUGCCAGGUCUACAUUGGGUAAUGUAAGGGAGAAAACCUGCAGUUCAUCUUGAGUAUUAUGGGUAAACAGCCUGUUUGCGUCUUCUACCUUGCCAGGUCUACAUUGGGUAAUGUAAGGGAGAAAACCUGCAGUUCAUCUUGAGUAUUAUGGGUAAACAGCCUGUUUGCGUCUUCUACCUUGCCAGGUCUACAUUGGGUAAUGUAAGGGAGAAAACCUGCAGUUCAUCUUGAGUAUUAUGGGUAAACAGCCUGUUUGCGUCUUCUACCUUGCCAGGUCUACAUUGGGUAAUGUAAGGGAGAAAACCUGCAGUUCAUCUUGAGUAUUAUGGGUAAACAGCCUGUUUGCGUCUUCUACCUUGCCAGGUCUACAUUGGGUAAUGUAAGGGAGAAAACCUGCAGUUCAUCUUGAGUAUUAUGGGUAAACAGCCUGUUUGCGUCUUCUACCUUGCCAGGUCUACAUUGGGUAAUGUAAGGGAGAAAACCUGCAGUUCAUCUUGAGUAUUAUGGGUAAACAGCCUGUUUGCGUCUUCUACCUUGCCAGGUCUACAUUGGGUAAUGUAAGGGAGAAAACCUGCAGUUCAUCUUGAGUAUUAUGGGUAAACAGCCUGUUUGCGUCUUCUACCUUGCCAGGUCUACAUUGGGUAAUGUAAGGGAGAAAACCUGCAGUUCAUCUUGAGUAUUAUGGGUAAACAGCCUGUUUGCGUCUUCUACCUUGCCAGGUCUACAUUGGGUAAUGUAAGGGAGAAAACCUGCAGUUCAUCUUGAGUAUUAUGGGUAAACAGCCUGUUUGCGUCUUCUACCUUGCCAGGUCUACAUUGGGUAAUGUAAGGGAGAAAACCUGCAGUUCAUCUUGAGUAUUAUGGGUAAACAGCCUGUUUGCGUCUUCUACCUUGCCAGGUCUACAUUGGGUAAUGUAAGGGAGAAAACCUGCAGUUCAUCUUGAGUAUUAUGGGUAAACAGCCUGUUUGCGUCUUCUACCUUGCCAGGUCUACAUUGGGUAAUGUAAGGGAGAAAACCUGCAGUUCAUCUUGAGUAUUAUGGGUAAACAGCCUGUUUGCGUCUUCUACCUUGCCAGGUCUACAUUGGGUAAUGUAAGGGAGAAAACCUGCAGUUCAUCUGGAGUAUUAUGGGUAAACAGCCUGUUUGCGUCUUCUACCUUGCCAGGUCUACAUUGGGUAAUGUAAGGGAGAAAACCUGCAGUUCAUCUUGAGUAUUAUGGGUAAACAGCCUGUUUGCGUCUUCUACCUUGCCAGGUCUACAUUGGGUAAUGUAAGGGAGAAAACCUGCAGUUCAUCUGGAGUAUUAUGGGUAAACAGCCUGUUUGCGUCUUCUACCUUGCCAGGUCUACAUUGGGUAAUGUAAGGGAGAAAACCUGCAGUUCAUCUUGAGUAUUAUGGGUAAACAGCCUGUUUGCGUCUUCUACCUUGCCAGGUCUACAUUGGGUAAUGUAAGGGAGAAAACCUGCAGUUCAUCUUGAGUAUUAUGGGUAAACAGCCUGUUUGCGUCUUCUACCUUGCCAGGUCUACAUUGGGUAAUGUAAGGGAGAAAACCUGCAGUUCAUCUUGAGUAUUAUGGGUAAACAGCCUGUUUGCGUCUUCUACCUUGCCAGGUCUACAUUGGGUAAUGUAAGGGAGAAAACCUGCAGUUCAUCUUGAGUAUUAUGGGUAAACAGCCUGUUUGCGUCUUCUACCUUGCCAGGUCUACAUUGGGUAAUGUAAGGGAGAAAACCUGCAGUUCAUCUUGAGUAUUAUGGGUAAACAGCCUGUUUGCGUCUUCUACCUUGCCAGGUCUACAUUGGGUAAUGUAAGGGAGAAAACCUGCAGUUCAUCUUGAGUAUUAUGGGUAAACAGCCUGUUUGCGUCUUCUACCUUGCCAGGUCUACAUUGGGUAAUGUAAGGGAGAAAACCUGCAGUUCAUCUUGAGUAUUAUGGGUAAACAGCCUGUUUGCGUCUUCUACCUUGCCAGGUCUACAUUGGGUAAUGUAAGGGAGAAAACCUGCAGUUCAUCUUGAGUAUUAUGGGUAAACAGCCUGUUUGCGUCUUCUACCUUGCCAGGUCUACAUUGGGUAAUGUAAGGGAGAAAACCUGCAGUUCAUCUGGAGUAUUAUGGGUAAACAGCCUGUUUGCGUCUUCUACCUUGCCAGGUCUACAUUGGGUAAUGUAAGGGAGAAAACCUGCAGUUCAUCUUGAGUAUUAUGGGUAAACAGCCUGUUUGCGUCUUCUACCUUGCCAGGUCUACAUUGGGUAAUGUAAGGGAGAAAACCUGCAGUUCAUCUUGAGUAUUAUGGGUAAACAGCCUGUUUGCGUCUUCUACCUUGCCAGGUCUACAUUGGGUAAUGUAAGGGAGAAAACCUGCAGUUCAUCUUGAGUAUUAUGGGUAAACAGCCUGUUUGCGUCUUCUACCUUGCCAGGUCUACAUUGGGUAAUGUAAGGGAGAAAACCUGCAGUUCAUCUGGAGUAUUAUGGGUAAACAGCCUGUUUGCGUCUUCUACCUUGCCAGGUCUACAUUGGGUAAUGUAAGGGAGAAAACCUGCAGUUCAUCUUGAGUAUUAUGGGUAAACAGCCUGUUUGCGUCUUCUACCUUGCCAGGUCUACAUUGGGUAAUGUAAGGGAGAAAACCUGCAGUUCAUCUUGAGUAUUAUGGGUAAACAGCCUGUUUGCGUCUUCUACCUUGCCAGGUCUACAUUGGGUAAUGUAAGGGAGAAAACCUGCAGUUCAUCUGGAGUAUUAUGGGUAAACAGCCUGUUUGCGUCUUCUACCUUGCCAGGUCUACAUUGGGUAAUGUAAGGGAGAAAACCUGCAGUUCAUCUUGAGUAUUAUGGGUAAACAGCCUGUUUGCGUCUUCUACCUUGCCAGGUCUACAUUGGGUAAUGUAAGGGAGAAAACCUGCAGUUCAUCUGGAGUAUUAUGGGUAAACAGCCUGUUUGCGUCUUCUACCUUGCCAGGUCUACAUUGGGUAAUGUAAGGGAGAAAACCUGCAGUUCAUCUUGAGUAUUAUGGGUAAACAGCCUGUUUGCGUCUUCUACCUUGCCAGGUCUACAUUGGGUAAUGUAAGGGAGAAAACCUGCAGUUCAUCUUGAGUAUUAUGGGUAAACAGCCUGUUUGCGUCUUCUACCUUGCCAGGUCUACAUUGGGUAAUGUAAGGGAGAAAACCUGCAGUUCAUCUUGAGUAUUAUGGGUAAACAGCCUGUUUGCGUCUUCUACCUUGCCAGGUCUACAUUGGGUAAUGUAAGGGAGAAAACCUGCAGUUCAUCUUGAGUAUUAUGGGUAAACAGCCUGUUUGCGUCUUCUACCUUGCCAGGUCUACAUUGGGUAAUGUAAGGGAGAAAACCUGCAGUUCAUCUUGAGUAUUAUGGGUAAACAGCCUGUUUGCGUCUUCUACCUUGCCAGGUCUACAUUGGGUAAUGUAAGGGAGAAAACCUGCAGUUCAUCUUGAGUAUUAUGGGUAAACAGCCUGUUUGCGUCUUCUACCUUGCCAGGUCUACAUUGGGUAAUGUAAGGGAGAAAACCUGCAGUUCAUCUUGAGUAUUAUGGGUAAACAGCCUGUUUGCGUCUUCUACCUUGCCAGGUCUACAUUGGGUAAUGUAAGGGAGAAAACCUGCAGUUCAUCUUGAGUAUUAUGGGUAAACAGCCUGUUUGCGUCUUCUACCUUGCCAGGUCUACAUUGGGUAAUGUAAGGGAGAAAACCUGCAGUUCAUCUUGAGUAUUAUGGGUAAACAGCCUGUUUGCGUCUUCUACCUUGCCAGGUCUACAUUGGGUAAUGUAAGGGAGAAAACCUGCAGUUCAUCUUGAGUAUUAUGGGUAAACAGCCUGUUUGCGUCUUCUACCUUGCCAGGUCUACAUUGGGUAAUGUAAGGGAGAAAACCUGCAGUUCAUCUUGAGUAUUAUGGGUAAACAGCCUGUUUGCGUCUUCUACCUUGCCAGGUCUACAUUGGGUAAUGUAAGGGAGAAAACCUGCAGUUCAUCUUGAGUAUUAUGGGUAAACAGCCUGUUUGCGUCUUCUACCUUGCCAGGUCUACAUUGGGUAAUGUAAGGGAGAAAACCUGCAGUUCAUCUUGAGUAUUAUGGGUAAACAGCCUGUUUGCGUCUUCUACCUUGCCAGGUCUACAUUGGGUAAUGUAAGGGAGAAAACCUGCAGUUCAUCUUGAGUAUUAUGGGUAAACAGCCUGUUUGCGUCUUCUACCUUGCCAGGUCUACAUUGGGUAAUGUAAGGGAGAAAACCUGCAGUUCAUCUUGAGUAUUAUGGGUAAACAGCCUGUUUGCGUCUUCUACCUUGCCAGGUCUACAUUGGGUAAUGUAAGGGAGAAAACCUGCAGUUCAUCUUGAGUAUUAUGGGUAAACAGCCUGUUUGCGUCUUCUACCUUGCCAGGUCUACAUUGGGUAAUGUAAGGGAGAAAACCUGCAGUUCAUCUUGAGUAUUAUGGGUAAACAGCCUGUUUGCGUCUUCUACCUUGCCAGGUCUACAUUGGGUAAUGUAAGGGAGAAAACCUGCAGUUCAUCUUGAGUAUUAUGGGUAAACAGCCUGUUUGCGUCUUCUACCUUGCCAGGUCUACAUUGGGUAAUGUAAGGGAGAAAACCUGCAGUUCAUCUUGAGUAUUAUGGGUAAACAGCCUGUUUGCGUCUUCUACCUUGCCAGGUCUACAUUGGGUAAUGUAAGGGAGAAAACCUGCAGUUCAUCUUGAGUAUUAUGGGUAAACAGCCUGUUUGCGUCUUCUACCUUGCCAGGUCUACAUUGGGUAAUGUAAGGGAGAAAACCUGCAGUUCAUCUUGAGUAUUAUGGGUAAACAGCCUGUUUGCGUCUUCUACCUUGCCAGGUCUACAUUGGGUAAUGUAAGGGAGAAAACCUGCAGUUCAUCUUGAGUAUUAUGGGUAAACAGCCUGUUUGCGUCUUCUACCUUGCCAGGUCUACAUUGGGUAAUGUAAGGGAGAAAACCUGCAGUUCAUCUUGAGUAUUAUGGGUAAACAGCCUGUUUGCGUCUUCUACCUUGCCAGGUCUACAUUGGGUAAUGUAAGGGAGAAAACCUGCAGUUCAUCUUGAGUAUUAUGGGUAAACAGCCUGUUUGCGUCUUCUACCUUGCCAGGUCUACAUUGGGUAAUGUAAGGGAGAAAACCUGCAGUUCUUUAUUAUUACUGCAGUUCUUCAUACAAAAUGGUCUCCCCAUUGAACUUCUAAUCGAUCCCCUUAUGUUUAGUUUGUUUUGUCUAUGUUGUGUGACCACUCUCAGCUGGCCUGAGAGAUGAGCAUUACUCAUUUGAAAACAUGUUUUUGACCGAGAACGGACCAAUGUUAUACUUUUCCCCUCUAUUGUACCUUGUUUCUAACCUUUCACCAUACACAUUCUGUUGCACUAUAGCUGUUUUUCUUUCUGCUAGCAAGCACUUCAGUACGUGUUAAAUGCUGAUUAACAUUUAAAUCACUGUUAGUUAUCUGGUCGUCAUUUUGUUGACUUGUCAAAUGCAUGAACAUUGAUUUCAAAUUGAAAUAAUACUUUUCCGUUUCCACAUUGUGUUUACUUGAUUUGCUGCAAUUUACAAUGAAUACAAAUAAUGGAAUGAAUGGUUUCCAUGGACUUGUCAGUCGCUAGAUGGCACUAUGCGCCUAUUUUAAACAUUUUGGAACUCCAUUACCUUCUUAUCAAGACGUGCUUGUUAACAGGACAAACAGGAAGUGCGUAAGGUUUGGGAGAGUAGUUGAAAAGUAUUGUGGCUAAUGUAAAAAAUUACGUUUACGGUGCGUCGAGGAAUUGCCGAGUAAAUUGCAUUUGUUGUAACGAGGUGGUCUAUAUAAAUACAAGUCAACCAUUGCUCCUUUUAUAAUUACAGUCGGAUACAUGUAGCCAGCCAGAUUUUACGCGUCACAGAGACUACAAAGGCGUUGAUUGAUUGCGUGAUGAUGUGUGCAAUAGCUCUUUCUUCUUACUAGAUCAUUAUUUUAGGAUUGGUUUAGAGUGAUAGAGUAGCAUAGCACCUGGUUGCAACGUAUUCACGACGUGGAGUGACGAUGACAUUACAAGUGGGUUGCCUAUCAUUCAAGCAGCCGUAUGCAGGAUUAGUACUGGACGGUGUAAAAAGUAUUGAGACACGUUGGCGCCCUCUGCUAUCCACAAUGGAAAACUGCACUCUAGCUAUUCAUAUUGCGCAGAAGGACUGGGAGGCCGACCAGUGGAGAGACAUCCUCACCCAUACACUGGGAAUGAGCCACAUGCAAAUAGAGAAACUUCUAGCAUCCGGAGACAGAUUUGGCCGUGGAGUCGUAGCAGGCUUGGUGGAAGUGGGGGAGACCUGGUGCUGCUCUGAUAAUGUGCCAGAGAAGGAUCUGAGGGAGCUGGAGAAGGCAGCAGUGCACACUGGGCUGACAGAGAAACACCUCACACAGCUGUCAAACCCACGCUGGCUCAAGGAACCCCUUUAUGCCAGAGGUCACAAAGACAUAUGGACAGUAGAUAUCCCAGUGCAAUUACUGCCAUCUGCGUAGUUGUAAUAAAAUAAUGUAUACUCAUUUUGUACUGACAGGAUCAUCUAUCAAGUUAGGGAGGCAAUAUAUUUGUAGACUACUCGCAUUCGCUUUAAGGUGCAAUAAAUGACCAAUGGACCAAA